AUGAAGUUUGACUCUGAUGAUAUGGCUUAUGCAUUUUAUAGUGCAUAUGCACAUGCACAUGGUCUUGGAUUCAGCGUAAGAAAGCAAUUUGUCAAGCGAACUUCAACAGGAGAAGUAAAAAGAAGAACAUAUACAUGUGCUAAAGAAGGCAAAACUGCCAUGAAAAAGGGGAAGCAGGUUGCUUAUGAACGGCCAAUUACCAGAAUAGGUUGUCUAGCAAAGAUGACGUGCAAACUACAAAAUGAUGGUUUGCUUGAGGUGGUUUCUUUUAAAGCAAAACACAACCACGAUUUGGCUCCCACUCCGAUGAAGCAUAUGUUGAGAUCCAAUAGAAAGAUCAGUGUUGCUCAGAAAGCUAUUGCAGAUGAUGCUGAAAAGGCUGGGUUACCAAUCAAGUCGGUUAUUAAUUUACUAGCGGUACAGAAUGGGGGUCGUGAGAACAAUGGAUUUCUGGAUACUGACUACUACAAUUAUAUUGAUUCUCAGAGAAGGGCUAAAAUGAUUAAGGGUGAUGGUCAAGCAAUCAUGGACUGUUUUCAGAAAUCACAAUCAGAUGAUCCAUCAUAUUUUUAUUCUGUGCAGCUUGAUGAUGAUGAUCUUAUUAUGAAUAUGUUUUGGGCAGAUAGCAUGUCAAUAGUUGAAUACAAGCACUUUGGAGAUGUUGUAUGUUUUGAUACAACCUACAGAAUUAACAAGUAUGGUCCCCUUUUGCUCCUUUCGUUGGAGUCAAUCAUAUGA